AUGGACAAUUCGCUGGUCACUGGUGAUGGAGGUUGUGGUGGCUGGUUAGAGGCUGUGGUCGCUGGUGGUGGAUCUCGUUGGUCGUUGGUGGUGGAGGCUGUGGUCGCUGGUUGGAGCUCGUUGGAGGCUGUGGCCGCUGGUUGGAGCUCGUCGGAGUGUUGUCCGACUGAGAGUGGUUGA